AAAACAGGUUGGCUAAGUAUGAGUUGUUUGUUGAUUUAAUGGGGGGAAUGUUGAAUGUUUUAACUUUUAAUAAAAGUCGCGAUAAUGUACGGCCGAAUGCAUAGGAGUGUGAGCGAGCCUUCCAUUGGCACUGUAGGAAACGCGACUGUAGACACAAUCGUAACAGACAAAAAUGACAACUACAAUGCGAAGAAGCCGAGGAAAAAUAAAGUCUAUGGGAAAUUCCUAUGGGAAGGACGUUUCAAACGCUUUACUAAUGCUAUUAUAAUGACCGCUUGGAAUCAGCGGUUCCAGGCGCUGGUUCUUUUAUCAGUAGUAUACGUAUUUUUGAUACACUUCAUCCUCGCUUUCUACUUAGACGACACAGAAUACCUCAUACUGGAACUAUCUAUAAUUGUAGCUGAUCUUAUAUUCGUAUUGGACGUAGUAGUUCAUCUCCUGCACAGCUAUUGGUCACUGGUCCGACUUCACGUUAGAAUAUACCGGAGGAACACGUUCUCAUUGGCUUAUGAUUUGCUUUCGCUUAUGCCUUUAAGUUUGAUAUUUAAGGGAAUACCUGGUUACGAGAACUAUGUGUUAGCUGGCAGGUGGUUGCAGAUCGGACGAAUUUACAGACUAUUCGUGUUCUUUCAAGAUAUAAACGAACAUAUGCGUAAAUCACGUCGCAUAUUAUUCUUUAGUGAACAGACCAUAGCUGUAACGUUGAUUCUACACGCUUCUACUUGUAUUUGGUAUGCUCUGAACAAGUUACCACAAAUGGAACACCCUUGGCAUAAUCUUGGAUAUCCACAGCAUGUACAUUCAAGGAGAUUGAGGUUCUUUACCUACAAAACAUGUUGGUACUACUGCACUUGUCGAUUCUUCAACGUCACAUUUGGAGAUUCAUUUCCUACGCGUAACCUGGAGAAGUGGUUGACAACAGCGCUGAUGUUAGCCGGUUACGUGUUCUUUCGGUUUCGGUUUAUAGGCACCCUCUCAUGGGAACUUGUCCUUGAAAACACUAGAAGAGCACAAUUCGUCGAUAAGUACCAUCACAUGAUGAAGUAUCUAAAGUUUACUAUGGCGCCAUCUUGGCUCGUCGAACAGUGUAAGAACUACAAGCUUCAGCUGUGGCAGAUGAAGUCGGGGAUACUGAGAUCGGACCAACUACAGAAACUGCCGCUGCCAUUACAGAUGGAACUAAUCUUCGACAUUAACGUCGGGAAUUUCCAUAACUCCAUGCUAUUUAGAGAGACUCAGGAAUCCUUUAUGCGUCAAAUCUCUCUACUGAUGCGACACGAGUUGUAUUUGGCUGGACAGCACAUCUGGAGCCAGGGUGUUGUGAAGAAUGGCAUGAUCUGCAUCAAGAGAGGUGUCAUAGAAAUGUUGUCUGACGAAGAUGACGAGAGUCCGAUGAUUGCUUUCAGAGAUGGCACGGUACUCGGAGAGCUCAGCUUGUUCUAUUCAAUCCCAUCCAAAGUUACUGUGAAGGCCGCUACGUAUGUAGAACUACAGGUUUUGCGCAGAACAGAUUUCAUGCGAGUGAUUAUCGAGCAUCCGUCGAUGUAUGAAUUGAUAAAAAAUAAAAUUAAUACAAGACUCAAGUCAGCGAGGACUAGACAGGAAGCAAUAGAAAAGUACGACAAAGGUGACUCGAGGCUAAUUCGAACUCGCUACCGACCUAUGAAGGUGCUUAAAGACAAGUUGACUGGGGCUGAAGAGGAGGACCCUACUUUUGUGGAUGACUCUCACAUGUAUUAUAGAGACGAGAAUAAUGAACGGCAGCCGAAGUUCACUACGGAGUUCCUUGAGCUAUAUCAAAUGUCCAGUAACGUGACCACGAUAGAUGCACCUCAUAUAUGUCUAAGAUCUAACUUUCCAUGGAUAUUGAUGCCCGAUACCGACUUUACUCAAAUGUUUGACGUAGCCCAUUUUCUAAUCGUCCUGUACGUGUGCUUCAUGUCUCCGUACUCUGCACUCCAGAACCAACACUCGGACGCUGAAAAGGUCCUCGGCACUAUUGUGGUCGCAGCCUUACUGAUAAACAUAUACAUACAACUUACUACAGCUACUUAUGAGAAUAACGUAUUCAAAGAAACGGUAAAGGAUAUAGCAGAAGUUAAAAUGGCGUCGUUUGGUUUCUACCUGGAUAUUGUGUCUGUAUUCCCUGUGUCUAUAUUCACUGAUACUUUGGACCCUCAAGGGGAGACGGUGGCUGGUCAAAUAGCUAUGUUAUUCCCGAUCCUGCAAGUGUGGCAUAUAUGGGAUUAUAUUAACAAGUGGGCUAGGAAUUUUAAUAGCCAUACGAAGGUGUUGAUAUUGUUGAAGUUUUGUCUCAUAUUCGUCAUAUUUUGCUACUGGUCGGGAUGUUUUCUAUAUCUCUUUGCGUGUCCAAGGAAACUUUGUAGAGCUAACUCCUGGAUGUCGCAGUUAAUAUACUGGGAGACGAAGGUGUUCAUGACGAAUGAGGCUCGACACGAGACUCCUCUGAAGACGUCCUUCUUGUUAGGCACGUCGGUGUUCACUGGCACUGGCACCUCGGAGGUCGCACCUGGAAACCUUGACAUCUUUGUAGAAUCCAUGCGAGAGUUGUUUUAUUUCCUCUCAGUAAAUCACGUUAGUGGAAAAAUCAAAGCGCGGGUGAAAAAGUUCUUCUGCGUGCAAUGGUAUUACAACCGUGCCGUGACCACAGAAGAAAUAUUCUCAGACAUGUCCACGAAUAUCCAACAAGACGUACUUGCUAUAGAAAUGGUCGGGACCUUGGGGUUCUGCCCUUUAUUCCAGGUAUUAAAUCGAGAUUUCCUGCAAACUGUGGCGAGCAACACGAGGAAGUUGAUACUGCCUGACAAUGAGGUGGUGCAGCAUGCUGGUGACAUAGGACGGGACAUGUAUAUCUUGAAAAAAGGUCACUGUAACUUGUUGAAUAAUCUCGGUAGGAGACAAAUGACCAUCGGGCCUGGCACACAUUUCGGGGUCGUGGAAAUGCUCUUCGGUUUACCAAAGGUAUAUACGGUGGUGACGUCGACAAACUGCAUAUUACUGCAUGUGGAAUAUACUUCGUUGGUGCAGUGCUGGGGAACGUUCCCGGACAUUAGUCACCCCAUUAUCACGGCGUUGGCAGAUGAUGAAGUUAAAAAACUAGCUUCUGCAUUUGAAGAUGCCAAACCAAUGCUCGGUCGAAUGGACACUAAAACAAAUAGGAUUGCGCAAGAGAUAAAAGAAAGUUUCGUGCUUCUAACGACCAGGGAGCAGCGAAUUCAUUACGUAAAGACAUUCAACAAGUUGGGAGUAUUGAGACACCUCAGGUACAUCUUCAUGCCAGGAUGCAUUACUCCCCAUGGAUUGUUUCUGAAGUUCUGGUGCGCAGUUCGCUUCGCCGUCGCCGUGUUUUACAUAUUCGCUGUACCGUACGAUAUUGCUUCUAAACAACACAAGUACGGUGGCGCAUACAAUUGGUCGGAUAUAAUUCUGUACAUAGACAUAGUCAUAAUGGCGUAUGUGGCAUACUAUAACGAGAACUCCCUUCUCGUUACACACCCUUUACUAACAGUGUCCAGAUACUUGAAGCACGUCUUCUUACUCGAUAUUAUAAGCAUCUUCCCAUUCGAAGAAGUUUUCCAAAUAGUAAAUGAUAACACUGACAUGGAUAUUUAUAGACUCAAUCGAAUGCUUUUGGUGUCUAGAAUAACAGGCGCUUUUUCCUACUGGGAGAGUGAUAUAAUGCGAACAAAUCCUGCGGUUGUACUGCUAAAGUUCCUACCGAUAGCAAUAACUAUUGUCAAUUUCGCCACUGCAUUCAUUUUCGUGAACGCCUGCGAACCUUAUCUACCUUAUCAUAAUUCGCCGUACAUUUACGUGAAUUGCACGAGGAUUCUCAUCGUUUCUAGCAGCAAGUUUGAACCUAAAUAUGCAGUCACGGAAUAUUUGUACACAUUCUACUGGGUGUUCGAGUUAUUUGUGGGGUUGGGUUGUCCGCCUGUGAAUAUGACGAAUUCUGUGGACCUCUGGAUGGUGAUGCUGCUGCAGCUGGCUGGGUUCCUCUACUUCGCCUUCAUGUUUGGAUACGUCGCCUCCACUACAACAGCUGCUGCACAUGCGUUGCUGGAACAUAAUGAAAAAACAAGGGAUCUAGCCAACUUUCUGUACCAAGAGAACGUGGACCCUAUGCUCACGGUGAAAACGUUGAAAUAUUUCGAAUAUGUGUGGAAACGAACCAACGGCAGUAAUCCACAGAAAAUAUGUCGCCACCUAAACUCGGCUCUAAUGGAAGACACGCUGGUGUUCAUGUACGAACGAGCACUGCGCGAGGUACCUCUGUUCGGCAAAGUCGAGAGAUCAUUCAUCAGGGUCAUCACUCAGCACCUACACGAAAUGUACUUUCUGAAGAGUGAUACUGUCAUACAAUGUAGGGAUGUACAACCCUAUAUCUUCAUUAUUUAUCGUGGUAAGGUAGAUGUUCUGACGUCGUAUAAUGAAAUGAUAACGUGUAUGGGCCCAGGUGGAAUGUUCGGUAAUUUCACAGGCCAACCAAUAUCAUGUUCGGAAGUAACGAUCUACGCGAGUCGGAGCCUUGAUUUAUUAGUUAUACCCAGUGUGACUUUCUUCAACUUGAUCAAAUAUUACCCCAAGAUCCAUGAGCCUUUGAACAAGGCUUUCGAGAUGUCUCGAGAUUAUAUCUUGCCUAUUAAUAUGGAGAUGGAUGACGACUCCUCCUCGGAAGACGACUCGACUUUUGAUAUCAUGUCUAUGGAAUCAGGAGCCGAUUCGAAGAGUGGCUCUAGUAGAUUUGACUUGUCAGGGUCACUACCGAUGAGCAGCACGUCACAGUCUAACUUGAGCCAGUCGAAGUCGUCAGCUAGUGUGUCCACGUAUCACAGCUACUCGCCCGCCCUUAAUCUGCUGAGGCCCGGAACGCUCAUGUUUCAGAGUUAUGGCUACGUGACGUGUAUAGCAGUGACAAUACAUUAUGUGGUGGGUCUGUAUGACUUGGUGACCUUGAACGACUGCGUCAUGCUAUUCUGGAUACAUGCGCUUUUGGACGUCUACUUUUAUUGCAAAGUUUAUCUUGGUUUGCAUCAGGGCUACAUAAGUAGGCACGGUGAGCUGAUACUGGAUGGGCCCAAAUGUCGCCAUAGAUAUUUCAAACACAAACUGUGGGUGUGGAGUGACAUCCUCGUUAAUUUUCCACUGGAAUUCAUCGGAUUCGGUUUCCCGAAUCCUAUCAGAGCCAUACAUUACCUACGUGCCACCAAGUUGCUCAGACUGAAGUAUCUGUUUGAGUUCUACCGCACCACUUCUCGAGAACUAACUAAUAAUCUGACUACAUUACAGGCGGUGAUGACAUUCAUAGGAGUGGUGAUUAUGAUUCACACUUUCGCUUGUGUGUGGCUGCUCGCAAUGAUUGGGACCUCCCCUGUAGGCAUCAUACGGACUCUGAAGACACACAUUAUUGAUACAGAGGCGCCACAAAUCCACUGGGAUUACGUCACGUCAAUUUAUGUGGUCGUGGCCCAACUGACCACAACUGGUAGCGACGAGUUUGUAGUCGACGAGCUUCUUCCAAUGAGUAUCCUGGCCGUUGUACUAGUCUGUGGGAAGAUGUUAGCAGCCAUCGUCGUGGCUGCUUCCAUCCAGUUGGCAUACUCCACUAAAUACGCGUUGACAGCGUAUGAGAAAGUUACUAGAGAACUUAUUGACAUGCUGAAGAACCAAGGAUUAUCUGAUUAUCAACUACAAAAGUUUUGGAAGUAUAUUCAGCAGCUGUGGGUGACGGAACGUGGAAGACAGCUGCCGCUCCUCAUAUCACAAACUCCAUACGUAAGACGAUGUGACCUGAUGUCAGCCAUGUUUGGUCAUCAUUUGAGGAACUGCUACAUAUUCGCUGAAACUGGAGAGUCAUUCCUACGACAGCUCACUGUUGCACUUGACUACACUAUAUUCUUUCCUGGUAACUACAUAGUGGUGGCCGGCGACAGUGAGGCACGAAUGUACUGGGUGGCUUCAGGAACAGUGUCAGUAGUGUCGGUGCGCGCCGACCUCACAGAGAUCACACAUGAGCUGCUGGGACCUGGAGACGUGUUCGGGAUCCUGCAGGGCAUGAACAGGGGCGUCUCGCACUGCUUCUCUUAUAGAGCUGAGACUAAAGUCAGUAUCUUAACCCUGAGCCUGGACUCUUGGAUCAAUAUACUGCCGUUUUUCCCCGAAGCUAAGAAGAUGAUAUUAGAAAGAUCAGAAGUAUUAUUUACACAGAUAGGGUAAGCUCAGGAUAAAUGCCGCACUUUUAAAAAUAGUGUUAUAUUUCAAAAAUUUUAC